GUUAGUCUCUCUGAUGCGAUACCGGCCUAAAACGAAGCACUCAAAUUUUGCCUCACGACGUAAAACCAUGGACAAGCGGAUUUCUACAUCCAGGCGGACUUUAGUGGAUACCACAUUAAGUAGUCGUAAAUGCCUGCUGGAUCGCCUGGAGAAAAGACUGAUUGAGCUGAAUGGCAGAUUAAAAAGCGUUAUAUUUCGGCAUGACCUUCCGAGAGGAGGAGACCUCACGCCAGCAGCCACUCACACCGAUGAUCCUGCAGUUGUAGAGGCAGAAAAUGUUGCACACACAUUACGCGCACAGCUUAUUAAACUGAAGGGGACGUCACACAACAAUGACUCGGACACCGGCCUGCCAAUCUCAAAGACGGGCGCCGAAGAGGUGCUGGAGUUUUUGAUGAAGACGUUGGAGCGAGAGAAACGACGCAAGAGAGAACUAGAGAUUACUCUACAGAGAGACAUGAAGAGACUCAGUGAGGCGACGAGCCGCCUGGAAGCUUCACAGCGGGAGCUCCACAGGGUGCUCUCAGAUAUCGACCUUGUGAAUGAAGAAAACAUGCAGCUUCACAACGAAGUUAAGCGAGGACAGUCUUUUCAACAAUCCACUCGAUGGUGCGAAGUGUGAUAACGUCCGGUCCAAAACCUACCGGACUGCUUUAUAACGUUGACUCCUCUUAUUCGAAUGUGCCUUGAUCGAAGUGCACAUUCAGACUUUGCGGGACUGCUGUUUCUAUCUGCAUCUCCGGACCACACCCGUCUACGCAUCACAGUUCCCUAAGCUUGCACAAAAUACUUUGCAGCCAGGGAGUAUUCCUUACUUACGAGGC